UUUGCAGUUAGGAUUGGGCUGGCUUAUGUUCUCUCUGCAAUGAGUGGUAGUUUAGUUGCUGCCUUGUUUCUAAACGACAAACCUUCUGUUGCAUCAUCUGCUGCACUAUUUGGAUUGAUUGGCACUAUGCUUUCAGCUCUUGUUCAAAACUGGACAACUUACAGCAAUAAAUUGACAGCUAUUGCAGUUUUAGUCUCUGUUUCGAUAAUCAAUAUUGUACUGGGCUUGCUGCCUUAUGUGAACAAUGUUGGGAAUAUGGGAGGAUUUAUCUCGGGUUUUCUUUUGGGAUUUGUGGUGCUGUUUAAACCUCAACUUGGGAAAAUGGGUCAAGGAAAAGGUGCUUUCUUUGAGUAUGAAGUAAAAUGUUCUGCCAAGCUCAGGCAGAAACUUGACAGACCCGUGUUAAGGAGCACGGUUCUGUUUAUAUUUGUGGCAUUAAUGGUGGGGAGUGCUGUGGCUGUUUCUUGUGGUGUUAAUAUAAGGGAGUACUGUUGGUGGUGUAAAUAUUUGGAUUGUGUUCCUUCCAAAUGGUGGAGCUGUAAUGGAGAUCAAAUGAAGUGUGAGAUGGGUGUGAGUACAUGGCAAUUGACACUGACUUGCAUGAGUAGUAGUGAUAGGUAUAUGGACUUUCCAUUCACCAAUAUCUCGCAAGCUAGAGUCCAGGAUUUGUGUGAUAUGAUAUGCUCCUCUCCUCUCCUUGUUUAGGAUU